CUCGUCAACAAGUCAUAUCACUGUAGAAAAAUGAAUAAAAGAGCUAAAGGAGCCAUUGGGUUUCUCAUUGUGGUACUAUUAGCCCUCACCCUCUCCCUGGGCCUGUACUUUGGGCUGAAGCCCAGGAAAGUGCCAGCAUAUUCCUUCGAGAGAGCUGCUGUUGCUGCAGAUGCAGGAAGAUGUUCAGAGAUUGGUCGGGAUAUUCUGAGGCAGAAUGCCUCAGCUGUGGAUGCUGCCAUUGCCAGUUUGCUCUGUGUUGGACUCAUGAAUGCACACAGCAUGGGGAUUGGGGGAGGCUUCUUCAUGACCAUUUACAACGCACAAACAGGAAAAGUAGAAACUAUUAAUGCCAGAGAAGUGGCCCCAAGUAGUGCAUCAAGGGAUAUGUUUAUUAAUGAAACAGAUGAAGCUUCUCGUAAAGGAGGAUUGGCCAUAGCAGUUCCUGGUGAAAUCCGAGGAUACCAAUUAGCACAUCAAAGGCAUGGACGGUUACCAUGGAAACAGUUAUUUGAACCAAGCAUCAAACUUGCCAAAGAAGGAUUCCCCAUUCAUCGAGCUCUUGCAGAUGCCAUAGAGGAACGUAAGGAAGACAUUGAGAAAGACCAGUCUUUGUGUGAAAUAUUUUGCAAUUCCAAUGGCAAAGUACUCCAGGAAAAUGAAAUAAUUAAAUUUUCAAGAUUAGCUGCAACUUAUCAGAUUCUGGCAGAUGAAGGAGCUGACACAUUUUACAACGGAUCUCUCUCCCAACAGAUAGUGACUGAUAUCAGGAAUGCAGGUGGAAUUAUAACUCUUGAAGAUCUGAAAGAAUACAGAGCUCAUUAUGAAUUGUCUGAAGAUAUGGUAAACAUAUCAAUUGGUGACCACACGUUGUUUGUGCCCAACGCUCCUUCCAGUGGACUUGUGCUCGGAUUAAUACUGAACAUCCUGAAGGGUUAUAGUUUUACUUCAGAUAGUGUUUCUUCCCCAGAACAGAGAGCCUUGACAUAUCAUCGAAUAGUUGAAGCAUUUAAAUUUGGAUAUGCAAAGAGAAGCUUAAUGGGAGACCCAUUAUUUGUCAACAUGACUGAGCUUAUUUCCAAUAUGACUUCAGAGUAUUUCGCGACAAAGCUGUGGAGUAAAAUCACAGACGAUACAACACAUCCUAUAGGAUACUAUGAGCCUGAGUUCUACACCACCGAUGAUCAUGGGACAUCCCAUUUGUCCCUUGUGGCAGAGGAUGGCAGCGCUGUGUCAGUAACCAGCACCAUUAAUUUAUACUUUGGGUCAAAAGUGAGGUCCAGCAAAAAUGGAAUCAUUUUCAAUAAUGAAAUGGAUGACUUUUCUUCACCAGGCAUUCUGAAUGGGUUUGAUGUUCCACCUUCCCCAGCCAACUUCAUCAUGCCAGGUAAAACACCCCUAUCCUCUAUGUGCCCUGUCAUUAUACUUGAUAAAAACAAGUCAGUGAAAAUGGUGGUGGGAGGCUCAGGAGGAACGAAAAUCACGACAGCAACUGCUCUGGUUAUAAUGAACGUGCUGUGGUUUAAUUACAAUGUUAAGAAAGCUGUGAAUGAACCCAGAGUUCACAAUCAACUAUUCCCCAAUGUGACUCAAGUUGAAGAAGCUAUGGAGAAGGCUGUACAAGAAGGCUUGCAAGAGAGACACCACACAUUGAAGAUGAUAACCAAGCUUACAUCAGGCGGUGUAGUCCAGGCCAUCGUUAGAGAUGAAGGAAAGUGGUUUGCUGAAUCAGAUUACCGUAAAGGGGGCAAGCCUGCAGGUUACUGAUGGGCCUGUGGGACUGUGAUCAGCAGAAUUGUGUUAAAGUUCAUAUUUACAGCAGCAUGAUAUGGGGUUUCAUGAAUAAUUAACUAAUGGAGUGACGAUGAGUGAAAGUAGUUAAUAAACAAUGUCUUUUUAUCAAGCCAAUAUAUAUUAGAUAUUUACUGUAUUUUUAUUCUGCAAAAAUCUGUCUUGAUAAAGCAGGACCCAACAGGGCGUUACAAAGAGAUUGCCUUGUGUUGAAGGCAGAGCUUUGUCAAUUAUUAAUCUUAUUUUCAUCAGAUCCAAGUGUUAAGUUGCUGGAAAAAAUUUCUAUCUGUUAUUCAGUUUAAAAAUUUCCAGGCAAUGAAUUCAAAGCUGGACUAUUUGGGUCCAAUAGGUGGGCGGUGGUAACGGGAACAAAUUAAAACUGAGAAGCUGCACACCUCUCAGGACCUCAGAUCUCAAUCAAUACAUACACAAGGGUGAUUUUAUGCAAUCUUCUUCCAAUGAUCUUAGUACCUUCAGUGGAAGCAAUGCCAGAUAAUGAACAUAAACGCUGCUGACACACGAGCUUCUACACCAAAGUUCUAGCGAACAAGCAGGAAAACCUCUUGAGAUGUUCUGUCCCCUUUAUUGCUGCUAUUCUAUGGACUGGAUGUAAUCUUUUGUAUUCAAUGUAAUCAAUUUCAUCUAGUCAUUUCUUUAACUGACAAAAUUGGUGAAUUAUGUGAUCUUGAAACAAAUUGUCCUCAGAGUUCUUUAACAUAUUCAUUUUUUCUCUAUUUUUGUUCUUUUAGAAUGCUCUAAUCCUUGCAAUUAUGUUCCUCUCUUGCUGUGAAUAAUUUUACUAAUUAUUUCACUGCCAUAUUAUGCAACUGUCAAUAAAUUAUAAAACCUAA